AUGUCGUCUUCCAAGCGUAACCAUUACAAAGAGAAAUUAGCUCGUCGCAAGGAGGAAAAGGCAGAGGAACCAGAACAGCCUAAGUACAGAGAUAGAGCCAAAGAGAGGAGAGAGGAUCAGAAUCCUGAUUAUGACCCGACCGAAUUGAGCGCCUUCCAUGCUGUUGCUCCUCCUGGGACUGUCCAGCUGCGGUCUGCUGAUGAGCAUAAGCUAUCUAUCGAGAAGAGCAAGUAUCUUGGAGGUGAUGUUGAACACACCCAUCUUGUCAAGGGUUUGGAUUAUGCAUUACUUAACAAAGUAAGAAGUGAAAUAGACAAGAAACCAGAUGUCGAUGACGAUGCUAAUGAAAAAGCUAAGAGCUCCAAGGAAGAUCAAGCAUUGUCAUUCCGAACGGCUACUGCUAAGUCUGUGUACAAUUUGAUUGUGAAGCCCCAAACUAUUAUCAAGACCAAUGAAAUGUUCCUUCCUGGAAGAAUGUCCUUUAUUUAUAACAUGGAAAAUGGCUAUUCAAAUGAUAUUCCAACCACUCUGCACAGGAGCAAAGCUGACUGUCCAGUCCCUGAGGAAAUGGUGACUGUUAGUGUGGAUGGAUCGGUCUUAGAUCGAAUUGCUAAGAUUAUGUCAUACCUUCGUCUGGGAUCUUCUGGUAAAGUUCUCAAGAAAAAGAAGAAAGAAAAAGAUGGAAAAGGGAAAAUAGCUGGUGUCCAAAAUGGAUAUGAUGGAGAUGAGAAGUCAUCAAGAGCUAAUGUAUUCAAGAAUGAAAAUGACAAAGAAGUAUUUCUACCACCGCCUCCACCUCUUCCUAGGAAGAAUCCUCCCGAAACAAAGGAGAAACCAGGGCCAACUGUUGCUAGAGCAGAGGAGGAGGAUAUAUUUGUUGGGGAAGGAACAGAUUAUGAGAUUCCUGGUAAAGAUGUGACCCAAAGCCCUCUUUCAGAGGACAUGGAAGAAUCUCCACGGGACAAGGAGCGAGCUCCCUAUUUUAAUGAACCAGCUUAUGGGCCAAUACCUCCCUCUAAUCCUUCUAAUGAUUGGCAACAAGUGAAUGGAUAUGAUACUCUGCAAGCGCAAGCGUUGGCUAAUGGCUAUCAACCCGAGUGGCAAGAGUAUCAAUACGGCGAGCAACUUGCUUACCCAGACCAAUAUCUCCAACAGGUAUACGAUGUGCAAGCAGGUAUCGAGGUGCAGCAGGAUCCCAGGUUUAUGACUCAAGAAGAAAAGGAUAGAGGCUUAGGCUCUGUGUUCAAGCGGGAUGAUCAGAGACUUCAGCAGCUAAGGGAGAAGGAUGCCCGGGAAAAGGAUCCCAAUUUUAUAUCUGAGAGUUAUUCCGAAUGCUAUCCAGGUUACCAGGAAUAUAACCGUGAGAUAGUUGAUAGUGAUGAUGAAGAUGAUCUAUCAAAAAUGGAUAUGGGUGGAAAGGCAAAGGGCCGGCUUCAUCGGUGGGAUUUUGAAACAGAAGAGGAAUGGGCUAAAUACAAUGAGCAAAAAGAAGCAAUGCCAAAAGCUGCAUUCCAGUUUGGUGUGAAGAUGCAAGAUGGUAGGAAGACACGGAAGCAGAACAAAGAUCAGAAACUCAAUAACGACUUGCAUAAGAUAAACCAAAUACUGACCAAAAAGAAGACGGACAAGGAUUCGAAUAACGACGGUGGUGCAAUGUAUGAUGAUGAACCGCGUCCGGGGAAGAAGCUCCGAGUGUGA